AUGCGCACCCCUCCCAAGCAACACUUCAUCGACCUGUCCAACGACAGAGACGAGAAGACCGAGAAGAACAAACCAGAUGAACAAGUAGCAAAUGGGGACGAUGAUUCCGUUAUCGAAUAUGCACGCCCGCGCAGAUCGAACAGGCAACGCCGUACAAAUACGUCUACACCGAGCAACAGCUAUGCCAUCCAGAGAUCCAACAAGCAGCUUUUCACUCUUCUGGGUGAAGACUUCGAUCUGAGCCCGACAGUCAAUACAAGAGUUGCGAUACGACAAGAGAUUGCCAGUAAGACCGCCGCAUAUCGAAACCAAUUCUUGGUAGACCAGAAAGACUUAUGGCUGCCCCUUCUACCCCAGCAUAACUACAUUCGAAAAUUGGUACACAAUCGUCUACACCUUUCUCCGGCCGAUCUUGCGAAACUCCCAACAGUCACUCCUUACCAAGAGCUCGAACAGCAACCGCGAGGUGUCACAGCUGUUAUGAAGCCUUAUCAAUUAUCUGGUCUCUCGUUCUUGAUGUGGCUGCACCACAAUGGCUUGUCUGGUAUUUUGGGUGAUGAGAUGGGAUUAGGCAAGACGCUUCAGACAUUGUCACUCAUCCAACAUCUUAAGGAGAACGAUCCAAAGGCUGGUACAGGCAGAUUACAAAGACCGUUCUUGAUUGUUUGCCCGCUGUCUGUUCUCAGCUCCUGGAUGUCUGAGACCAAGAAAUGGACUCCCGGCUUGAAGGCGAUUCGUUUUCAUGGCCCCAUUGCAGAGCGUCAGAGACUCAAGAAGAUCGUUGUUGGAGAAAUCGAUCACUACGGAAAUAUGACAUCACAAGCCAGAUCAAAAUUGAAGUCCAGACGAAAUGCCGCUGGCAAGGAGUAUAUUUCUCUGGACACCGAUUCUGAAAAUGAGGAAGAUCUUGGCGUAGACUUGGUUGUCACGACUUAUGACUGCUUCAAGGCUGAACAGUCAUGGUUCAAGACUGCCUUUGUCUGGCGUUAUAUUGUUCUAGAUGAGGGUCAUACUGUGAAGAAUGAUGCAAGUUUGAUCUCAAAGUCGUUGCAAGGCAUCAAGGCAGAGUACCGUCUGAUCUUGACUGGCACACCACUCCAGAACAACCUGUCGGAAUUAUGGGCUCUGCUGCACUGGCUCUACCCGGAAGUCUUCAGUGCCAACACGAACGGAUUGUUCGAUACAUCAUUCAACCUCUCCAAGGGGCAAUACUCGAGCACGGUUCUGGAUGAUGCGCGACGCUUGCUUGAGUUGAUCAUGUUACGCCGCAUGAAGAAUUCUCCCGGUGUUGAUCUUAAUCUUCCUCCGAAGACCGAAGUUCUCUUGUUCGUACCUCUUACCGAAAUGCAAAUAUUCUGGUACAAGCGAAUGAUUACGAAGGCUGAGCAGACUUUGCUUGAUGAGAUUUUCAAGGAUGUCAAAGGCAAAGAAGAGGAAAAUAUUAAGGCAAUGAAGCAGAUUGAAGCUCAGGAAGCUCAACUAAUGAAGAUGGAAGCCGACGCAUUGACAGUUCUUGAGAAUGAUGCCUUGAUCGGAUCAUCUGUAUGGAAGGAUACGAGGGCCAUCCUGGAGCAGACCAUUCAACGCGAGCAAGAACUCAACACUUCUGGGGAAACCAAGAAGUCCGAAUGGCAGAAGCUCAUGAAUUUACUCAUGCAGCUGAGAAAGGUUUGCAAUCACCCCUACCAACUCCAGAAUGCCGAGCCAGACCCAUAUUAUACUGGUGAUCAUGUCAUUACCGCUUCUGGAAAAUUCAUUGUCUUGGAGAAGUUGGUAAAGGAACUUGUUGUCAAACAAAAGAAGAAGAUCCUAAUCUUCUCUGGCUUCACAAAGAUGUUGGACCUGGUUGAGGAGUUUCUGCUUCUAAGAGGUGGAGACGGUACAAGCUUUCGAUCAAUGCGCAUUGAUGGUUCAACUGCUAGAGCUCGCCGAAACCUUGGCAUCAGAAUGUUCAAUGAUUUGAAUAGCGAGUACCGAGUCAUGCUCAUUUCGACUAGAGCUGGUGGUUUAGGAAUCAAUCUUGCCACUGCAUCAGAUGUGGUACUCCUUGAUCAAGACUGGAAUCCGCAAAUCACUCUCCAAGCCGAAGCUCGUGCGCACCGUAUUGGCCAGAAGAAUCCGGUCACCAUCUACAAGCUAAUUUCCCAAGGUACAGUUGAGGAGCAGAUGAUGGGCCGAAUUCAGAAGAAGCUGUACUUGUCUGCGAAGGUCACGGAGGCCAUGCAAGAUAUCCACACUAAAUUCGGUGCUGGCAACAAGUCUCGAAAGAGGGAUACAACAGAGGACGAUUCUAUGCCACAAUUGUCUACCAAUCAAUUGAUGACUUUGCUUAGACGUGGUGCUACUGCCAUCUCCAGACCAGAAGUUGACGUAAAUGAGAUGCUCAGCUGGGACUGGGAAACCACUGUCGCCAAGUGCAAAGACAAUCCUGCCGAUAUGGUGGUCAAGCAAGAUGCUGUUCCCGAUGCUAAAAUUGAUGAAGAAGCUGAACGCAAAUGGUUGUCGGAGAUGGAGCGUGUUGAAGCGUCCAUUUUUGAAGGAAAGAAACUGGCAAAGGGUGCGAGAAAUAAUUCGAACAAGGACAUCGCCCAAGAAUUCUUCAGUAGAGCCGACCGCCGUGUUGGCAAAAACACUACCGUCAUGGUAGAUGGUUAUGCUGUGUCAAAGGAGUCGAUGAAUUGCGCCUGGGGCGAGGCUAUUCCAACCAUGGCUGGUAAGGAUCCACGUCUGGCUGAACCGAAGCGAUCCAAGAAAGCCGGAGUUAUUCCACAGGAACAUUGCCAAGUUUGCCUUGAUGGUGGUGAAUUGCAUUGCUGCAAAUUAUGCCCUCGAGCUUACCACUAUGAGUGUCUUGACAAUGCCUACCAGGCAAAGGCCAGAGGUUGGACUUUCAAUUGUCCUCAACACCGAUGCUUUGACUGUUCGCAAGGCACCACUGAAGCCGGCGGCAUGCUCUAUCGUUGCCGAUGGUGCGAGCGUGCUUAUUGUGAGGACUGCUUGGAUAUGGAGAAGACUACUCUUAUUGGUAACAGCCUCAUGGAGUAUGAGUUGUUGGGUUACCCCGAGAUGGCUCAAGCAUUCUACAUCCAGUGCGCCGCCUGCAACGAGAAUCACGAGCAGAAUCCCAACAACAAGAAGCUCUGCGAUGAUCUUGCCGAGGGUAUUCGUUUGACGUAUGAAAGCAGAUUCAUUGACGGUUCGAGGGAGUUGAGCACAAGCACACGUCCUGGUUCUAUGACCGAUGCUACUACUCUUGAAAGCACGGAAGCCAAUACUCCAGUGGGCUACUUCGAUGAUGAGAUUGAUCUUACGCCUCGCAAGAGAAAGGCUCGAGCUGAGGCCAGUUACUCUCAAACAUCUGCCAAGAAGAGCAGAUUGGGCGUUUAA